UCCUGUCUUUCUCAUUCGAGUAGUUUGUCCUCACAUACCAUUGGUGUAUUCCUUGCUUCUCUGGCAAUGCGGACCCUUCCAAAUGGGUGAUUGGUUGAAGUGGGCAUUGGUUACUCUUGUUCAAUUUGGUGUUGGGAAGCGCUUCUACAUUGCAGCUGGCAGAGCCCUACGAAAUGGUUCAACUAACAUGGAUGUUUUGGUUGCAUUGGGAACUUUAGCAUCUUACUUCUACUCUGUUUGCGCUCUUCUAUAUGGUGCUUUCACUGGGUUUUGGUCUCCUACAUACUUUGAAACAAGUGCAAUGCUGAUAACAUUUGAACUUUUGGGGAAGUAUUUGGAAUGUUUGGCAAAAGGGAAAACAUCAGAUGCCAUCAAGAAAUUGGUAGAACUUGCACCAGCAACAACAAUGCUGAUUAUCAAGGGGAAAGAUAGGAGAUGUAUUGGAGAAAGGGAAAUUGAUGCAUUGCUAAUUCAGCUUGGUGAUACACUGAAAGUUCUUCCUGGUGCCAAAGUUCCUGCUGAUGGUACUGUUGUGUGGGGGUCGAGUUAUGUCAAUGAGAGUAUGGUGACUGGUGAAUCUAUACCUGUCCUGAAGGAAGUCGGUUCAUCGGUUAUUGGGGGCACAAUAAAUUUACAUGGUGCUCUUCACAUACAAGCUACUAGAGUUGGUUCCGAUGCGGUGUUGAGUCAGAUAAUAAGUUUGGUUGAGACGGCCCAAAUGUCCAAAGCUCCCAUUCAGAAGUUUGUUGAUUUUAUUGCCAGCAUCUUUGUACCUACAGAUGUUACCAUGGCAUUGUUGACAUUGUUGGGUUGGUAUGCCGCUGGAGCACUUGGAGCCUACCCAACAGACUGGCUUCCUGUAAAUGGAAAUCAUUUUGUUUUUGCCCUUAUGUUCUCUAUCUCAGUAGUUACCUAUCCGGCAUACCAAAUGCCCCCUUAA